AUCUUUUCUAUAAACAUAGAAUUCGACUAUUCACGUGUAGUUCGUCAACAGAAAGGUGAACGGAAUUUUCAUAUUUUUUAUCAAGUUUUAGCAGGCUUAGAUUCGGACACUUUGAAAGCUUUACAUUUGCAAAGUGAUUCAAGAACGUAUUUUUAUUUAAAUCAAGGCAAGACUGCUAUUGUGGUAUGUUUUGCAGUUUUAAUCUUAGCGAGUAUUCUAUUGCUUGGAAAUUUGAAAUUUAUUGAAAGUAAUAAAAACGUAGAUGGAAGUUGGAUUCUGAAUCAAGACGAACUUCAUUCUUGCGCUGAGAUAUUGCAAGUUCAGACGGAAGACAAAGAAAUAAAAGUUGUUAACUUUCAGGUAGUUGCAGCUAAGGGUGACGUUGUUGCCAAACGUCACAAUGUCAACGCAGCUGAAUACACCCGAGAUGCAUUAGCUAAAGCAAUUUAUGAACGACUUUUUACAUGGAUUAUUGAAAAAAUUAAUCAAGCAAUUACUGUUGAAAACAAUAAGAAAGCGCAUCAAAAGACUGUCAUUGGAGUUCUUGAUAUUUAUGGAUUUGAAAUAUUUGCUAUAAAUAGCUUUGAACAACUUUGCAUAAAUUACUGUAAUGAAAAACUACAACAAUUAUUCAUUGAACUGGUAUUGAAGCAAGAACAAGAAGAAUAUAAACAAGAAGGAAUUGAAUGGGAACACAUCCAAUAUUUCAACAAUAAAGAAAUAUGCGAUUUGGUGGAAAUACCUCCUUUGGGCAUUUUACCAAUUUUAGAUGAAGCGUGUUAUUCUGUAGGAUUUGUAUUUUUGGGUGAAAUGGAUAAAGUAUUAAGUAAGAACCAUUACUACACAAGUCGACAAGUAAAACCGGCGGAUAAAACAUUAAUGUUUGACCGAGACUUCAGGAUAGCUCAUUAUGCUGGCGAUGUAACAUACAGCGUUAUUGGCUUUAUCGAUAAAAAUCGUGAUACCCUUUAUCAAGAUUUGAAACGAUUAUUAUAUAAUAGCAAAAAUGAAAUAUUGCAUGAAAUUUUUCCAGAUGGUGCUAAAUUAGUUACAGAAGUAAACAAACGACCACAAACAGCUGCUACAAUUUUUAAGAAUUCAAUGUCAGAAUUGGUACAACAAUUAUACGCUAAAGAGCCUCAUUAUGUUCGUUGUAUAAAACCGAAUGAAACCAAAUCGAGUACUGUUUUUGAUACAAAAACUGUGGAGCAUCAAGUUCGUUAUUUAGGAUUGUUGGAGAAUGUACGUGUACGACGCGCAGGUUUUGCAUAUCGAAUUAGCUAUGAAAGAUUUCUGCAAAGAUACAAAAUGCUUUGUGCGUCAACGUGGCCAAAUCCACGUGAAGGAACGCCAAAAGAUAAUACAAACAUAUUACUGGAAAAUCAAAAUUUGCUUCAAGAUUGCGCAAAUGGUAGAACGAAGUUAUUUAUUCGAAGUCCACGAACUGUUUCUAUGCUAGAAGACAUGCGAAUGCAAAAAAUGCCAGAAAUCAUUUUGAUUUUACAAAAACAUUGGAGAGGAGCGUUAGGAAGGAGGCAUUUUAGACAGAUCAGAUCAGUUUAUAACAUUAUGUAUCGUUUUCGGAAAUACAAACUGCGCAAGUAUCUGGCACAGCUAUGUGAAUAUUUUAGCGAUGCUAAGGAACAAAAAGAUUUGGGUUCAAAAGUGCAAUGGCCUGAUCCACCAAAAGGUUUCGAGAGUUUUGUCGAGAAAUUAGAGCAGUUGUAUAAUGUUUGGCGGGUCAAAAUGAUUAUCAAACGUAUGCCACCAAUUCUGAAGGAAUCUUGGACAGAAAAGUUUGCGGCUUUUCGUGAACUUUCUUACAAACGUGAACAGUGGGGCAUUUUACGCUCUUGGAAGGGUGACUACUUGAAUAUGGAUGAAGAAAUUAAACCACCAGGUCAAAAAUAUGACUACGUUCAACAAUUAGAAAAUUUACGACGAGAAAAUAAUUUUUCUAAAGUUUUAUUCUCAUCAUAUAUACAAAAAUUCAAUCGUUACAAUAAAUCAUCAUUUCGUGUACUACUUAUAACUGAUCAAUUCAUCGCGAAAUUGGAUUCAAAAAAGUUUAAAAUAAUGAAAAAAUUGCUCUUUCAGGGUAUUCCACUUACUGGCCUCAGCGUAUCACCUGAAAACGAUAAUACAAUAGUUUUCCAUAAUGGUACAAAUGAUUUUGUGGGUUGUUUAUACAAUACUAAAAAUGAAGAUCGCGUCGGUGAAGUAGUUGGGAUAUUGUGUGUUCAAUACGAAAAGCAAUUUCAAAAGAAAUUGCCGGUAGUCGUUGGAAAACUACAAUGUACCCUCGGAUCAAAAGAUCGCUACAUUCGAGUUGACGUCAGCGAUCAGAUUAUCGACGGCUAUUCCAAAUUCCGUAAACAUGGUGGUACUCAAAUUGAUCUGACGUGUCCUGUAGUAUCUUCAUAA